CUUUAUAGCGCCUUGUUCCGUGUGGAAAGUUUACCGGCUCGGGUGCAAAGUUUCAGCCGUCUGCAAACCGAAGCUCGUCGGCAAACGUCUGGAAUAUACUGGUGACAACCACGGUGUAUUUCACGUUAUGUUAACUAUACGAACUAACUAGAAAUCUUAUGCCGGAUUAAUUUCACCUGUGGUCGUCUUCAUAUUUAGCCGAGUGAUGCUGCCGUCGCUGCAUAACAGCAGUGAAUGAAGACGCCGUUAGCAUUGAUCGUAUUGUCUCAGGAAGCCAGCUAGCUUAACGUAAAUCGUUAGCUUGGAGUUGUGUUGAACCAGAGAGCUAGCUAGCUGAUGUCCUAGUGAGCUCGUUAGAAGACACAGUGAAACCCUAUUUAACGUUAACUCGAAACGUGACUCGUCGAAGGACCGUGAGGAAGGGAAAAUGGCUUGCGAGCCUAAUCGUGUCCGGCUGCUAUGCAUGCUCUCAUUGACUUUUGGGUUUUUCAUUGUGGAAGUGGUGGUCAGCCGGUUGACCUCUUCUCUAGCAAUGCUGUCGGACUCCUUUCAUAUGCUGUCGGACGUCAUCGCGCUGGUGGUGGCUCUGGUCGCGGUGCGAUUCGCCGAGAAAACCCAUGCGACCAACAAAAACACCUUCGGGUGGAUCCGGGCGGAGGUGAUGGGGGCUCUGGUCAACGCCGUCUUCCUUACGGCGCUGUGCUUCACCAUCGUCCUGGAGGCUGUCGAGCGCUUCACCGAGCCCCAUGAGAUCGAGAGCCCGAAAGUGGUCGCCGGGGUGGGUGCCGCGGGGCUCCUGGUCAACUUGCUCGGGCUCUGCUUGUUCCACGGCCACGCCGGGGGAGGCCACGGGCACUCCCACGGAGGCCACUCUCAUGGAAAUAAGAAGAAGAGGGGUAAAACCGGCAAGUCCCAGAAGACUGGGAACGGGUCUUCAGGAGAGGAGACCAACAACUUGGUGGGAAGUCACAACAGCCCGGGCGAUGUGAGACCGAGAAAUGAAAUCAGCUGUAAAGACAGUACAGAGGUGCAGAUGAAUGGCAACACGCACUAUGAGGAGAUGGACCAUGACCACGAUGCGUCGUCGCAGCUCAACAUGCGUGGAGUCUUCCUGCAUGUGUUGGGUGACGCCCUGGGCUCUGUCAUUGUAGUGGUCACUGCUAUAAUAUUUACCUUUGUGUGGCAGCCCUGCAUAGCCGAUGAGAUGUGUGUGAACCCGUGUAUCAACAGCCACACCACAGACCACCAGCAUGUCAAUCACACCCUGGUCGACCUGCUGGAAGGUCCCACUGUGUCGGCCAUGAAGUUUGCCGGCCCCUGCUGGGUUCUCUACCUGGAUCCCACGCUCUGCAUAAUCAUGGUAGGCAUCCUACUGUAUACUACCUACCCGCUGCUCAAAGAGUCGGCCCUCAUCCUGCUGCAGACCGUGCCCAAGCAAAUCAACAUACACCGGCUCAAUGAGCGGCUGCUGAGUCUGGACGGCGUCCUGGCCAUCCACGAGCUGCACAUCUGGCAGCUGGCCGGCAGUCGCAUCAUUGCCACGGCGCACAUCAAGUGCCACGACCCCACAUCUUACAUGGAUGUGGCCAAGCGCAUUAAAGAUUUCUUUCACAACGAGGGCAUCCACGCCACCACCAUCCAGCCCGAGUUUGUCACGUUCAAUUCGGAGUCUCGAGACUCCCUUUGUGAGCUCUCCUGCCGGACUCAGUGUGCUCCCAAGCUGUGUUGCGGCUCUGCGGACAAACAGAACACAGAUAAGAAAACCAGCAGUGACUGCGAGGCUGCUGCUGCUUCAGCCCUGGAGGUGAUCAAUGAGACCCCAGAGCAGGCUGCAGCCAUUCAGGUGCGCCCUCAGUCAGAGGCCAAGGUUACCAUCACUAGAGAGGUGGAGUCAUCUCUGUGAGAUGGAGGGGAUAAUGAGAAACAGAGGAGAGGCUGGAAAACCACCACAUUAGGCUAAAAUCAUCAUUAUCGUGGAGGCUGUUAUCUUUUUGAACCGUGGUUCUGUUAUGACCCCAACAAGGAAAUAAUUUUCCUUAGCCUUUUAUUCUCUGUCAUUGCCCGCUAUUAUGGCUGAAAAAUCCUCCCCAAAAACCUUCUGUGUUCAUGCAUUCGAGCCAUUUCUUUGCAUCUUUCCUCUCUCUCUGUGUACCUAUUUCCAUUCACUCCCAGCCUCUCCUCUGCCGCUCGGCCCCUCUCUUGUUGUCUGUUGCCCUGGCAGCAUGGUGGCGAUGCAUGUUGGGGUUCACUGACCUUAUCUCCUCCAGGACUGGAGCGAGGCCUGCAUGAGGGUCCUUCAUUAGCACCGUGUUGUGAUGCGUCAUCUCGUCCCAUGGUGUUUCUGUGCCAAAGCUUCUCACUGCAGGACUGAAGGGAUCUGAGAGACGUCCUCUCCUCCAAAAGGACACACAACACAUGCAAGUUGGAGCACACAUCACUAGGUUAUUAUGUUAAGUCUACGGACCUGCUGGCAAAGAGUCUACCUUUUUUUUGGUUUUUUUGCGUAGGCUUUGAGCAGAUCUAUUUUCUUACCCUCUGGCCCCAAAUGGAAGAGUAUUGUAUUGCAUACUAAUUUAAGUAUUUAAGUUAUUAGAAAUAAUCUAUCUCUCUCUGUAGAUGCUGUUUGUAAUAUUUAGUUUGGACGAUAGAAACUUAUUUGCAAUUUUUCUGUCAACUUUUUUUGACAGACCAUCUAUGCUGUAGUCAGUUUUUCAAAUGUGAUGUUUUAUAAUGAUUUUGUUUCUCAAGAGUUUUUUUCUCUGGCCUUGACUCAGUUUUAAUUGUAAUCAUUAGUUGGAUACAGAAGCCGUAUCAACACCUCUCUCACCUUGCCUUUUAAAUACAAACAACUGCUGUGGUAUAGCACUAAGUAUAGUAGACACAGUGUAACUGAACUUCUUGCAAUGGCACAGUCACCUAAUUAAAUGUUCAUUCACAAAUUUGAUGCCUUGCAAGCCAGAGGGUUGGGUCUGUACUGAAAUGAGCACUGUAUGCCAUUAAUGAAACACUAUUCUCUAUGAAUCUGUACUGGAAAUCUUUCUGAUGAUGGCUGUUGAUUUUUCUUUAAAAUCCUCAUGAAUGUUUUCGGGACCAUGUCACAAUCCAUGCUGAGGGAGUUUUUAUAUUUCCAGGAUGUUCUACUAUGUUUGCAUGACCAAACUGACACCUGGUGUUAAAUUUUUAGGAGCUCCACUAAGCUCCAGUUGCUGCUUUACCAGUACCUGCUGGUAUCCCCCACCAUUUCUCAUAACUGUGUAGGAAAUGACUCUUCCUAUAGCUUUUCUGUCCUCUGCUUUGGACAGCUGAGCGGGCUGUUUUUGCUGAAUUAAAGUCCAUACGGUGGCCUUGGAAAUUUUAUGAAUUUUCACCACAGAUAUCAUUUAAAGGUGAUCCAUCAAUGCGUUUCAGAUUUCCACUCCCGAUAAAAUGUGUAUGCAAUAUAGAACUAUGUGCUGGGAAAUGUAUUUUGACGCGUUCCUUCAUUUGUAAUGUUCGGUCACUUUUAUUCUGUGUCUUUUAAGACUUGAGCUCUCUGUGCAAAUUGAAAACAAGUGUUUUUUUUUUUAUUUUAGAUAUGACAUGUCAACUGAUGUGUUUUUGAUAUACUAUAUAUAUCUACAGUACCUGUCCAAUGUGUCAUUGUGAAAUAAAAAAAUAUGGCUGUUUGGUACAGUUAAUGAA